CUUUCGAUUUGGGAAUCGCUACUUGAAGAUCUCAUGGACUCGUUGGAAGUGGUAGCUGAAGAUCUGAAACAUGGAAAGAUCGCGUUAUCAAAGUCUCAAGUGUUGCGUAAGGCAGGCUAUCUCUUUAUGCUGCGUCAUCAUAUUAAUUACGGAAGCGACAUAUUGGACACGCCUGACUUUUACUGGGACGAGGAGGAACUCGAACGGCUGUACAUGCGUGCCUAUUCAAUUUUUAACGUGGCUAGACGGAGUCGCGUUGUCAAUGAGAGGCUGACCUACUGCAUGGAGCUGUUGCAGCUGUUGGAUGGCAGCAUCGCUGACAAGCACAACGUGCAUCUCGAAAUUAUGAUUAUUAUACUUAUUCUUAUCGAAGUGUUCUUUGAGGUCUUGCAUUACAUUGAACGGAAUCAGCCCUCCAGCUGUAUAACGCAGCUAAUGAGGGUCACUGACUUUGCGUUUGGCAUUCUCGUACUCGUUCGGUGUUUCCUCGCAAACAUCCUUCCAACGCAUCCAGAAACGGCUUUCCUCCUCAGGUUGCAGACCUCGCCUUAUAGUGUAAGAGUAAUCCUCAACAGUUCUUUGUCGACAAGAAAGCUAUUCGGCAUCGUGCUGGUGAAAUACCUCAGCAACGGCAGUUUUGCGACGUUACCCAUCGUAUCUGUGGUCAAGGAAAAAUACGUUGACGUGAAACCGCUUCACCCCGACACUUGGUACGGCAUCACUGUUAGCGAGACGUACGUCAACGAGUUGAACGAGCGCGUUUCGUACGUACAAUUGUUGGCGGUAAAAACCGGGCAGGUAAGAAAAGCUUCGAUGCCUAAACCAACUGGCGUACAAUAGUU